UCAGAAACACGGUAGCUAAAAAGCAUUGAAGUUUGCUGCGUCACUAGAAACGCAGGUUUUUCCGAAGUAGUUUCAUCAUGUCCGCAGGUGUAUCAGAUAACGAAAUAUGCAACCUCGCAUACGAAGGCCAAGUUGCACUUCUAACUCACAGAAUCAAAGAAAAUUCUCAAUUUGUUAAUGCCACUGAUCAGUCUGGAAGAAAUCCACUUCACUGGGCCGUAUCAGCUGGGAAACGUGAAGUGGUUGAUCUACUGCUUGAUAAUAACGCCGCAGUGAAUAAUACUGAUGAUAGUGGAUGGAGUCCACUUCACAUUGCUGCUUCCGUUGGUAACGAAGUGAUCAUCACAACUCUUCUUUCAAGAGGAGCAAGGACUGAUGCAAGGAACAACAAUCGUCAAACUCCUCUUCACUAUGCAGCAUCCAGGGAUCGUUUAGAGGCAGCUAGAGCUCUUCUUGCUUGUGGAGCUGAUCCGGAUGCAUCGGACAACCUCCAAGCAACUCCCAUGCAUCGAUCUGCAUCUAAAGGAAACACGAAGAUGGUUCAAUUACUUCUCGCUCACAGCGCAAGCUUGAACAUUCAAGAUUCAGAGGGAAAUACCCCAUUGCACCUUGCUUGUGAUGAAGGAAGAAUACCUGAAGCUCGUCUCCUUAUUGAAGCUGGUGCAGAUUGUAGUAUUUUAAACAAGGAUGAGAAGACACCGAUUAGAAUGGCAACAGAAACAAUGAAGUCACAACUCCAUCAGUUCAGAGGUGGUUGAACACAUGUUGUUACUAUUGUUGUUAAUGUUGUUACUGUUGUUACGGCUCAACAGUUACCUGGUAUUUAAAUGGUUUACUAAAUAAUGUGACAUGUUUAAAUUUCUUGCCUAGAUAGUUCUUGCCUUAAAACUGUGUUUAACUUUAAAAAUGGAUACCCGUUUACAUUGUAUUUUUAAAAUGUUAUUGUUCUUCAUUUCGAAUUUGUUUUCUUAGCAUCAUUAUAAACGCAAUAACUGAAUUUUCAUUGUUAUUCUUUGUCGCCGCAUAUUCACAACACAAUCGACCAUUGUUAGCAUCGCGUCAUCAGAUACAAAAGCGACCC